AGAGCAAGAUAAGCAGAUUCAGAGAGUCAGACAUAAAAACAGCCAGACACGACUAAAAGAAGUCAUGUCUCAGCCUGCCAUUCUGCCUCCUCAGAUGAUGAUGAAGAAGAAGACGAAGAAGUGUUCUGGGCCCUCAACUCUCUCCAGCAAUCAGCAUCCUCAGCCAGGAAAGGUGAAGUUUUUAGGUGUGAGGAUCUACAUUGUGGAGAGACGCAUGGGCCACAGCAGGAGAGGAUUCCUUAGCAGCCUGGCCAGAUCCAAGGGCUUCAGGGUGGAAGACACCCUCAGUGGUAAGGUGACCCAUGUGGUGUCAGAGGGGAACCCAGCCGGGGAGCUGUGGGGCUGGCUGCGUGCCCAGACUGUGGCCCUGGCCGGCGCUGCGGAGGUGCUGGACAUCAGCUGGUUCACUGAGAGCAUGGGGGAGGGCAAGCCAGUGGCCGUGGAGAGCAGACAUCGCAUUCAGGAGGAUGCGUCUCUCCUGUCUCCUGUGGGUUCGCGGAGCGCCGUGUCUCAGUAUGCAUGUCAGCGCAGGACAACCCUGGACAAUCCCAACAAGAUCUUCACGGAUGCUUUUGAGGUGUUGGCAGAGCACUCAGACUUCAGUGGCAGCAGUGGUCCAGCGCUGGCCUUCAAGCGGGCCGCCUCGGUGCUGAGGAGCCUGCCCAGCGCCCUGCGCUGCCUGGGGGACACGCGGGACCUGCCCUGCCUGGGGGAGCAGAGCAGAGCCGUCAUGGAGGAAAUCUUUGAGUGUGGCAGAAGCUCCAAAGUGCAAGGCAUACUCAGUGACGAGAAAUUUCAAACAAUGAAGCUGUUCACGAGUGUUUUUGGCGUGGGCCCCAAGACAGCAGAGAAGUGGUUCCUGAGAGGACUGCGGUCCCUUGAGGAGAUAGCCAGCCACCCACAUGUUCAUCUCAACAGAAUGCAGCAAGCAGGUUUUCUUUAUUAUGCUGAUAUCUCGAGAGGAAUCUCCAAGUCUGAGGCAGAGGCAGUGGGACGCAUUGUUGAGGACACUCUUCACCAGAUUGCACCAAACGCCUCCAUGGUUUUGACAGGUGGCUUCCGCAGGGGGAAGGAGUUUGGGCAUGAUGUGGACUACAUACUGACCACAACUGACAUCGGGACCGAGGAAGGACUGUUGCUACGGGUGAUAGACCGCCUCAACUAUCAGGGCAUUCUGCUGUACCAGGAGUACCAGGAGUCCACCUUUGACAAGAGCCGGCUGCCCUGCCGCAGGUUCGAGGCCAUGGACCACUUUCCAAAAUGCUUCCUCAUCAUCAAGCUCCACGCAGAGGUGGUGCCGGAAGGGGCACUGUCAUGUGACCACGGGGACCACCGUGGUUGGAGAGCGGUGAGGCUGGACCUUGUGGCGCCACCUGCUGACCGGUUCGCCUUCGCACUACUGGGCUGGAGUGGAUCGACGAUGUUUGAGCGAGACCUGAGACGAUUCGCCCGCUUAGAGAGGGGGAUGCUGCUGGACAAUCAUGCCCUGUAUGACAAGAGCAAGGAUGCAUUUCUGGUGGCCAAAACCGAGAAGGAUAUUUUCGAUCUUCUGGGCCUGGAUUACAUCGAACCUUGGCAACGCAAUGCAUAGAGCUCCAAGCAGCGGAGAAUGCUGAGUGCUUCCAUUUAUUUGCCAUCAGAUCGGCGUCCAACACUGCCACUUAUGUGCGUGUGUGUGUGUGUGUGUGUGCGCGCGUUUGUGUGCGUUUGUGCGUGCGUGUGUCUGUGUGUGUGCAUGAGCGCGUUCGUGCGUGCGUGCGUGUGUGCGUGCGUGUGUCUGUGUGUGUGCAUGAGCGCGUUCGUGUGUGCGUGUGUUUGUAUGAUACAUGUUUGCGUGCUUGCAAGCGUGCCGACAGUGGUGCUUCAGAGUGCUAUCUCCGCACUAUGUAAUUCAGCGCAGGCUUGUCAGAUCUGGCAGAUGCACCCUCAUCACGCCUUAUUGUUCUCCUCCAAACGCAUAAACAGCUGUUUAUCUCCUCCACAUACUCUUAGUGGGGCUUUUAUGUAGGCACAGAGAAUGUCCAUACACACAUACACACACAAAUGCAAAUGCAAAAAUGCGCACAUUCAAGGAAUUUAAAAAAGUGGAGUGUUGAGAGGGGGUGUUCAGGGAGGGUUUGGAAUGGAGUACAUUUCUCAGAAUAUAGGCUACAGUGUACACCAAUAUGGAAUACACCCCUUUUGAAAUGUAACAUUUUGAAAUAUAUUUCGAUAAAUAUAAAGUUAUUUCCAUAAUGUGCAUAAAGUAAGCUGACUACA